AUGCAUAUACGCCAUGCCCAAAGAAAGCAUAUCAUCCAAUCUUUCAAUUCCUUGCUGUACCAACUGCACACCAUCUCCUUCCUCCUCUCGCCUCGCCUCUGGCCAUUCAUCGUCCGCAUGUCAACCCAAUUUCAAUUCACCCGCCCUCGCGACGUUGACUCACAGCGAUCUUUGCGGUUCUGGUUCAUCGUCGUCGUCGUCAUCAACCUACAAAGCCUCUUCUACCACAUAUUCUCGGGGCCGUCGGAGAACAGGUCAAUCGUUCUUGACUUUGUGGGCAUUGGCCACAAGCCCUCAAAGACGCUCGUUCUCUCCCUCGACGUCGCCAUCAUCUUCCUCGAGUUCAUCCUCGCCACCGUUUCGUACGAAACCUCGCUUUCGCUCGCGAUGCCCCCGGAUACCCCAGACCCGCUCCAGGCUCAGCCAAUACCCGCCAUCACACCCGCUACCCCCUUCCCUCUCGACGGACCCAGCUCCAAGCCAUUCGAACCCGCGCCGAUGGUGCCCGAGUACAUCCUUGACCUUCGCCUGCGCACACUCCUGCAACGGUUGAGACAUCCCCCUCCACCCCCACCACCUGGCGAGACCGACCUUUCGGAUGAACUUCUUCCUCUCCCAAAUACCACACCCUUCCAACUAUCUCGCAGCUUGAAUAUGCUUGUGCGUGCGCGUGCGCAGCUUCGUGAACGGGCGGCACGCGUAGGAGAGGCGACGCGUCAGGCUCAGCCCAACGACGCUCGAGGGGAACAACGGUUGGAGGAGUCGAGGAGGAUCCCAGGGGGCAUGGAUGAACACCAAGACACAUGA